UCACGCUAUUCAUAUAGUACGGCGGACAUUCUUUCUGCACUGGCGGUAUCAUCGGUGCGUGGGUGUGCUGAGAGAAAGUGUUUUAAUGGAGGAAGAAGAGAAAGGAGAGAAGGUAGAAAAAGCGAAGAGGAGGAGAGGGGAAGAAAAAGAGAGUGCAUCUGUUUGCGCGUCUAUGUUAGUUAAUAUGUGUGCUCUUGAAACUGUUUCUGAAUGCACGUACUAGACCCAGCCUGGGAUUUGGAUAAGGUCAGUGGCAAGAAGGGAAGGGUACAUUAUCAUGCAAUCAGUCAGCCAAUCGUAAGAACAACAAAGUGCCUCGUCCUUCUGUUGCUGACGUGUGGCUACCGUCACUACCACCACCGGCCAGCCACCCACCAACAAACAGCACGCACCCAACAAUAUACGGUCCACCUAGAACCGAACCCUAAAAACAGACGCCAUGCAGCCCCCCAGGAAAAUCCCAAAUGCGGUGUUUCGAAUUUGGUCAAACGGUCAGGCCCACCGACCCCAGUCAAAUUUUCAUGUGGCAACGCGACGGAGGGUACCGGACAACACCCCGCAAAAGGACGAACGCGGCCUUGGACGUCCCCGCCCCCACACGCCUCUUACAAAGCGGAAUAUCCCCACACAGCGCCUUUCUAUUGGGCUACUACUUCUUGCUGCACGGAUAUGUAUAAAUUAUGCUCCUCUGUCUCUCCGAACAUUGCUAAAUUUUCUCCUUUACUCCACUUGACCGUGGCAUGCGACUUGAGCCUACACGACAGAGGCGCGUACGGUUGUUUCCAGCUGCUCUACACCGUGACGCAUACUUGUAUGAAAAGUACAUGCCAGGUUUGGACUUGGAAAACUAGGACCAUGGAAUAGAAAAGAACGAGGUGGAAGAGUCCGAAAACACAUUACGGGGAAAAGCAAGGAGAGGGCGAGAGACACCACGUUGAUCCCGGCACACCCGAAAAUAAGUCGGAAUGAGCGUACACGACUUGUGAGAAAAAGUUCGCUAUAUAUAAAAACCACGUAUCCCUCUGGCCCGUCCCUACUUCUUCUCUUCUUCUUCUUUUCUUUUCGCUCCCUCAAGCAACCUUUCUUUCUCUUCCAUCAACCAUGGGUAUCCUCGAAAUCGUUCCUGCUGG